AUGGCUACCAAUGGCGACACAACCGACCACCACCACCACGCCGUAAUCGGCAACGCAAAAAACUUCUGGCUCUACGACUCCCGCACAGGCUUCGACCUCACCCACCCGCCAACCCCAGACUCCCCGCCUAUCAACCCGCGCCUCACGCUCCAAACAAGCACGACCCCGAUCGCCGUCGACCCGGCCAAGACCGCGCUGCUCGUCAUCGACAUGCAGAACUUCUUUCUAUCGCCUGCGCGUGGACGAACGAAAGGUCCGGGCCACAAGGCGGUAGAGCAGUUGGUGCAGUACGCUGUGCCUGCUGCGCGCAAGGCGGGCGUGAGGGUUGUGUGGGUGAAUUGGGGGCUGAGUCAGGAGGACAUUCGCGAGAUGCCGCCCGCGCUUCUGCGGGGGUUUGGGUUUGAUGGGUAUAAGAAUGGAAAGUGGGUGGGUGUGGACAGGUAUGGCAAGAUUACGUGCGAAGACGAGGACGGGGAGACCGGGAUGGGCAGUUGGAUGGGGAUGGUAACGGAUCCCGACGACGGUAAGGAGAUUGAUGCCGGCGACUUCUUGAUGAGGGAUCAGUGGAAUACCGCGCUCUAUCCCCCUUUGGACCGGCUGUAUGAAGAAGGGAAACGCUUGGAUGUCAGGCCGGAUGUGUGGAUUCACAAGAAUCGCAUGAGCGGGAUAUGGUCGCCGCACACGCCUCUAGCGGAGUUUCUGGAGCGAGAAGGUAUCCGUACGCUGUUAUUCACGGGAGUGAAUACCGACCAGUGCGUAGGAGGGACGUAUCAGGAUUCGUUUAGCAAAGGUUACGACUGCAUCCUGCUCAACGACGGUUGUGGGACUACGAGUCCGGAGUUUGCGCAACAGUGUAUCGAAUUCAACGCGGAGUUGUGCAUGGGCUUUCGGACGACGUGUAAGGCAUUUGCGGAAGGGGUUGAGGCGAUGGCGAAGUGA